CUUUUAUUAGCACCAAGGAGUAAGGAGAACGCAUGUGCAUGUAAUCACUCGGUCCAAUCGCUGAUUGCCGAUGAGAGAAGCAGGCAAUCUGUCUUCGUCACCAAACAACCUCUAAAAUCCAAAUCUCUUAGAAAAAUACGAGAAACAGGAAGAAGAGGGAGGAGUGGAACUUUGGAGAAUAUACCAGAGUCCAGAGAGGAGGAUUUGGAGGAACGAUGGAUGUGCCGAGCUCAUGGGACGCCCUUCGCAAACAGGCUCGGAAGCUUGAAGCUCAGUUGGAUGAACAAAUGAAUUCAUAUCGUAAGGUGGUUUCUACAAAGGGCAUGGCAAAAACUGAUACUUCAGAGAAUGAUUUUGAAUCUGGGAUAGACCGACUGUUAAAACAGCUCCAGCAGGUAAAUUCGCAGAUGCAAGCUUGGGUAUCAUCAGGGGGAUCAGAAAUGGUUUCUCACACCUUGACUAGGCACCAAGAGAUUCUGCAAGAUCUUACUCAGGAGUUUUAUCGUCUCUGCUCAAGCCUCAGAGCUAAGAAAGAACAUGCUUCACUCCUUGAGGAUUUUAGAGAGUUCGAUUGCUCAAGAUUAGACUUGGAAGACAGUGUUGGCUCUGCUGAGCAAGCCCUCCUAAAAGAGCAUGCAUCUAUUAGCCGAAGUACAGGACAGACUUCAGCACUGCACCUUAUGCAUGGUGGACGAGCCUUGGGAUUUAUAAUGAAACAAUUUUAUAAUGAAAUGGUUUGCUCCCAUUGUUUUUGCCUAUGCUUGUAAGGGAAUGUGGAACUGAUCUGGCAAUCCAGGCCCUAGUCUCGGUGAUUCAGUUCUGACAGAAUCUUUUGCAAGACAUUUUUGGUGUGUUUGGAUGCAUGGAUUUGGGGAGGAGCAUUUGGACUGGGUCUUUAAAAUCAAAUCCCUUAUUUGGAUCAUUUUUAAAAUUUGGAUUUGGGUUUGCACCAAAGCCAAACAAGCUUUUAAAACUUUUCAUAAUCUUGGAUUUGAAAUUAUGGUUAAUAUGAAAUCCAAAUCCUAAUUCAAAUAUAAAUCCGAAUUCUUCCAAUGUGGCAGGUGUAGGAUGGAUUGAUUUCUACAUAAAGUUCUAUUUAGGAUCAACUUGCCUUGUGGCUUUUUUUAUCGUAACGAUAUAUCUUCUAAAUUUUUCUUGUUUUAGAUGAAAUGGAAUUGUCAGUCUGAUUGCUUCAGUAACACUAUUUAUUUCUCUGUUUUUAGAAUUGUUACAUGUAUGUAUUCAUCUCACAUCCGAUGUUUAGUAUUAUGUUUUAGUAAGUUUAGUAUUUGUUACUGGUCAUUAGGGAUACUUUAUUAUGGGCUAGGUGUUCUCUCUUGUAUACACCCAGUGUACUUGGUUACACCUAGUGACAUUAAUAAAUUUUUACGUAUAAAAAAAAUUGUUUUAGUAAGUUUGAGUUCUAAUUAACCUAGGAAUAUAUGUUCUUGUCUUGUCAAAGAUGAGAUGGAAUGGUCACGUCAUUACUUUUUUAGUGUUCUCUGUUUUUUUCUUUUUUGUGACAAAUUUUUUUUUUUGUAAAAAUUAAAAUAAUACCAAAUGAGAUAUUUAUGCAUGUUUAGAAUAGUAAACACAUCAUAAGUCAGUAGUACACUUGGUAAAGUAGGAAUCCCACAAAAAUGUAUCCAUGCCAUAAAAAGAGAACCUACACGUACUUGGUUCUUAGAACGUUUUGGAGUGGUUGAGCAAAGAGCUUGACUAGCCUAACUGUCAUCCUUUUCUCCAUGGCAUCUGUGACCUGUUAAAUAAAGGCAUAAGUAUUUCUCAUUUGUCUUCUGAUGUAAUGAACUUCUUGUUGUCUGGGGUAUAAAUUAAAAAAAAAA